GGAGAAGAGCUGGAGCUCGCGCUGGCCGGUGACUCGGAACUUGGCCGGUUUGCGCCGCGCGGGGCAACGCGAGGUGCAGAAGGAGGGAGGGAGGGAAAGAGGGCGGAGAAGAUGGCGGCGGCGGCGUCCUUCCCGGGCGCUUCCGCCAAGAGCCGAGGCAGGUUCCAGCAGAAAAGCCCGUUCGGGGGCGGCUGGCAGCGCGGAGCCCCGCCGCGACGGGUGUUGAGAGACGCCGGCUCAGACUUGCAGAUUCAGAAUUCCAACAGGGCUGGUGCAUAUGAUAGCUAUACUUCACAAGUGACCUUAGAUUUUGAACAAAAAGUCCGUCUUAGGAGUCUGCAAAAAUAUAAAAGGUUUAAUACUCAAAGCAUCAAUCAGCCGAUUAACUCUGCUCACUGGACUCCAGCUCACUAUCUAAGAUCAGAACCAUCUACAGCAGAUAUGAAUAGCAAAAUUCUACAAGAGAUAGAGAAAGCUUUGGAAGUAGCUAAAAACAAUCUUGGGUGGUUAAAGAGUGCGGAGGAGAUGCUUGAGGAUUUGAUCACCGAAGCAAAAGAAGAAGAAAGCAAGAUUGCAGGUGUUAUUAAUGACACAUUUUCAGAUAUUAUUGCUUCCAUAAAUUCAAGGAAAAGGAAACUGGAGACAGAACUGAUAAUGAACACCAGUUACUAUAUAACUGAUAUACAUAGUGUUCAGUUAUCGGUUAUGCAGAAAAUAAACAGUUUGGAUGGAGCCAUAAAAAUGGCAAGGGAGAUUAAAGCAACCCAUUCCUUAAAGCCCUUACAUAAUUUAAAUCAGGUUCUCUGCAACUUAAAAAUGACUUUGGAGGAAGAAGUCUUAAAACUAGAUCGUCUGAAAAAAAGGGCACUUCCAAGGUUUCACAUGGACUCUGAAAAGAUUACCCCCAUGUUAGAAAACCUGGGGAAUUUUUUCCCUGAUAUACCUAACAUGUGCAGUUUUGACGUCAGCCUUUUAAAACUGAGCAAUAUGGAAGAGGAAUUCAGAACUGAUGUUCCAUCUCAUAUAAGUGUAAACCUUGAACCGCUUCUUGAAGACAUUGGCACAGUUGCUCUUCUGCCAGAAUCUGAUGCAUGUCUUAAAGGAAAUUAUACCCACCUCCAAGAAAUGACUCCUCCAUUCACUCAGAAAUGCAUUUCUGCUUUACCUCAGACAGCAUCCACUCCAGAUGUCAUCAUUGAAGAAAUCAUUGAAGAUGAUCAAGAAAAUGCUCCAGAAUUGGUUUUUGUCAGCAGUGUACUAAAUCCUUGCCACUUCUACGUUCGAAAAGUUUCGCAGAAGAAAGCAGCUGUUCGUUUGGAAAAAACUCUGAGGCAAUUCUGCAAUCAUAAAAGGUCCUACCCUAGUGACAUUUUGGAACUAGGUUCAAGAAUCUUUGUUAAAAGCAAGGAACAUGGAAUGUGGUGUCGUGGAAAAAUCAUUGAACUGAUGCCGUUGCAGAAGACAAAUGAGCUGAAGCCCCGUGGUCCAACAAAGUACAAAAUUUGUGAUAUAGCAAUGAUGAAAAUAUUCCUUGUGGACUUUGGGCAUAUUGAAGCUUUGAUUAUUUCAAGCGUACCAAAUAACAUUGGCAUUAAUCCAGAACAUAUCACUCUAGAAUAUAUAGUGACUGAAGACUUUUGCUUGGUUGUGAAGAAACCUGACAUACAUAUAGAGGCACAACUUAGUGGUAUAAAUCAUUUAGCACUACAGUGCUCCCUGAAGGACAUUGUUCCCAAAGAUUCAGCUGAAGGUUGGAGCAGAAAAGCAAGGACAGAAUUUUUGAAAAUGGUAAAAAACAAAGCUGUUCUAAUGAAAGUCUUCAGAGAAGAGGAUGGUGUGCUUAUUGUUGAUCUGAUGAAACCGCCAGCAAACAAAAUAAGUAGUGACAUGCCUGUAUCUCUCAGAGAUGCUUUAGUUUUUAUGGACUUGGCAAGGUUUCGUGCUGAAGUUUCUGAUCAACCUGAAAACAUUGAAUUCCUGCAGUACUGGGCACCUGCGAUACCAGAGAAAAAUACAGAAGUCACCAUUGUUGUUAGUUAUAUUACUAGCCCAGGUGAUUUCUACAUUCAGCUAGUAGAAGAAGGUCCAGAAUUUGCAGCUUUUCUGAGCAAAGUUGAGGAAGUAUAUAAAAAUGACAGCAGAGUUGGCUUGGAAAUUCUCUGUCCGGUCCAGGGUCAACCGUGCAUAGCAAAAUUCGAAGAGGAUGGAGUUUGGUACAGGGCACAGGUUGUUGGAUUGCCAGGCCACCAAGAAGUUGAGGUUAAAUAUGUUGACUUUGGGAACACUGCUAAAAUAAAUGUGCAAGACAUGCGUAAAAUCAAAGAUGAGUUUUUAGCUCUCCCAGCAAAGGCCAUCAGGUGCAAGCUGGCCCAUAUCAUACCAAAUAAAGGAGCAAAUGAAUGGAGUAGUAAAUCAAAGGACAGAUUUGAAGAACUAAUUCAAGAUAAAUGUAUGCUCUGCUUUAUUAUUGAAAAAUCUGAAGACAAUAUACUGUCUGUUGAGCUCUAUGAAAGUGUAUGUGUGCCACCAAAGGCAUCUUGGAGUGUUAACAGCCUCUUGGUUAAAGAAGGUCUGGCAUCUUAUAUAUUAAGUGACACCAAAAUGAUUACUGAAUCACGUCAUGAAGUUUGGGAUCCUACUCCAGAAGAACUAUUCAAAGCUCAUGGAAAUAAUUUACAGCCUGGGAAUGAAGAGCCGAUACAGUUUGAAGGUACAAAAUUAGAUUGCAGCAAAGAACUGCAAGUGCGAAUUAGUCACGUUGUGUCCCCAAGCAAGUUCUACGUGCAUUUGAUGUCAUCAGAACAAAUUCUGAAAAGUUUACAGGAAAAGAUGGCAGCCACUUACUUGGAAUCAGAAAGAGAAACAGUUGAAUGGAAAAUUGAUAUGAAUUGUGCUGCUUAUUUACAUGAUCUGAAUCAGUGGCAGAGAGGCCAAAUCCGCAGGAUUGUUUCAGAAAGUAAACUUGAGGUGUUCCUCAUUGACUUUGGCAUAACUAAAACUGUAGAUAUUGUCUCCCUAAGAGAACUUGAGCAGAAUCUGAAGACGCAGAAGCCUCUUGCAAUAGAGUGCUCACUAACAGACAUAAGACCAGCUGGUGGGACUGAGCAGUGGACAGGAACUGCCUGCGAUGUUCUUGCACGUUACUUAACUGGAGCUGUGGUAAACCUAAUAAUACAGGAAAGUAACACGUCACCUUUACCUGUGAAAGUUUUUAGCAAAGAUGGAGGGCUAUGUACUGACAUUUCGGAAUACAUGAUUAAAGAAGGUUUGGCAUUUAGAAAAAGAAGCUCCCUUAGAGCACCUAGUACAGCAUCCCUUGAGAAGCUACCUGACACGCCCUUCCAGCCGGAGAAUGUAGACGUAAGCCAAUUGCUUGCAGACACAGAGUGUACACCAACCUCUUCCAAACCAGAGAAAGACAUUGAUCCUUCGAUCGCAGAUCACAAAGAGCAAGAAUUGAAGGUCUCUUUGACUUGCCCUGUAACGGUUGAAGCCUACAAACCACCAGCUGUUCCUACCUCGCUCGUCUUCAGUGCUGUAGUCAGCUGUGUUUCAGACACAGGAACUAUUUAUGUGAUUCCAAAGUCACAAGAGCAGCAGCUAAAUACGCUGAUGAGCGAUAUACAGAAGAACUUCAAAUGUCUAGGUCUUUUGGAACCCUACAGUUGGAAAAAGGGAGAAGCUUGUGUUGUAAGAGCAGCAGAUACAUUGUGGUAUCGAGGGGAAGUUUUGGAAGUUGGCUGUGGCAUUACCAAGGUGCAGUACUUGGACUAUGGCUAUAUUGAGAAGAUUCCUCAAUGUCAUCUCUAUCCAACUGUUUUGUAUGCAGACAUACCGCCAUUUUCCAUACCGUGUCAGCUCUAUAAAACUAUACCAGUUGGAACUGUUUGGCAGCAGGAUGCAGUUGAACUUCUUCAAGAACUACUUACAAAAAGGCUCGUUGAAAUAAAUAUUAUGGAACACUCAGACAACCCAUGGGAUAAAGUAUCUGUUAAACUCUGUUUCUCUGGAAUGUCGCUCUCUUCUUUCAUGGCGUACCAUAAACAUUGCAUUAGUGAAGAUGAUGCCGGUCACAUGCCAAAACUGGAUAUCACCUAUUGCAGUGAAGAUCAUUUGGAGCAAAACUGUGAAAUCAGUCAUGAGGAAUUACUGAUGUCUGAAGUAGAUACUCCCCUGCUGCCACCCUAUAUCUCGCCAUCACUGCCUGUUCUUGGAGAACUUUUUCCAAUUAAAGUAACACAUGUUGUGUCACCUAAUGAGGUGUACAUUACCAUUGAUCAGCGAGACAGUCCCAACCAUGAAGAUGAUACAGAAGUCAGUGGGGACGUUGAAACUCUAGACCAAGCCUUGAGACGGUGUAAUCAGAACUUGGAGUCCAUCCCUUUCCUAACUGAUUUUCGGAAAGACAUGCCUUGCCUUGCAAAGUACAGUGAUGGCUUCUGGUAUCGGGCAAAGCUCAUCUCAAUUCAUGAAUGCAAUCCUCUUUCGAUUAUGGUGGAAUUUGUUGACUAUGGAUCCAGUGAAACAGUGCCCACAAGCCGGUUACGUCAGCUUCCUCCUGAGUUCAUGCAGUACCCUGCUCAAGCGUUCAAAGUUCUGCUGGCUGGAUUUAAACCAGCUUUGUGUGAGUCACACACAAAAAUCCCAUAUUGUUCCGAAUGGAGCAUGGAAGCAUUGUGGACCAUGAUAGACUGCUUCCAAGGGAAAAAUCUCUAUGCUUCUUCACUGACGCAUUCACCAGAGCAUACCGUGUUUGUAUAUGAAGAUGGGCACCUAGUUCACAUGAAACUAGUAGAAAUGGGAUUUGCCGAAUUAAUUUAGUGACUGAUGCAGAUCAUUAGAUGAAAACAAUACCAGAACAAAGAGAUUUCAUUUGGAUUUGUUUGUUUGUUCCCUGAUAAGUGCAGUUACCUUUUUUGUUGCAAGUUGUUGUAAUACUUGCUUUGUGCAAGUACUAAAGGAUGUUCAUUAAAAAUUGUUCUUGAAGCAGAAAA